CCCGGAACCCGGAACCCGGAAGUCACCAGUUUGUUGUGAGUUGUCGCGGUGGCUCAGCUGCUGCUGCUGCUUCCUUGUUCCUGUUGGAUCUAAUGGCAAGCUCCGUAGGUCCUGGUCCGGGUUCGGGUCCGGCUCCGCGUUCGGGAUCGGGUGUGGGUCCGGGUCGGACCGGGCCGCGUAGACCCCGGUCCUCGGCCCAGCUGCUCCCGCUGCUCCUCCUGAUGCUGGCCGGUCUGGUCGGGCCGGUCGGGGCGGUGUCGGAGCCCGGACUGUGGAUCCUGAAUAUCGACAGCAAAACCCUGAGCAAACAGAACCAGUUCUACUUCCCUAAAACCCUGUUCAACCAAACCAUCAUCCGUCUGAAACCGCUGAUGCCGAAAUGUGACGCUUCGCCUCCCGUGGAGCUGGAAGUCUCCUGGUAUCUGAGGAACUCUCACUGCUACAACGAGGUCUUCAACACCAACCCGAAGCCGAGCAGCUACUUCAUGUCUAAGGAGGUGGUUCCGGGAGGAGGGAGCGGAUAUUACUCCUUCAACCAGUAUCCUCCCUUCCGCUGUGGACCGAACAUCAACUCCAGCCUGUUUGAACUGAAAGACUUAAACAAGCAAACAUGGCUGAGAGAGGCGCCGCCGGAACCGAAGCCCACAGAGAAAAGUCUGAGGAGGAGGAGGAGAGGGCUGGAGCUUCCCAAACCAAAGCCGGCGUCAGGACAGAAAAACGUCUCUUCUGCAGAAGACGCCGUGGCCGAGGCCUGGGAGGACGGACCCUACAUGUUCAUCCUGCAAGUCAAAGAGAUCAAGAGCAAGGACUCCCCCAACCCCUGGAGCAUGCAGAUCCAGAUCAGCAUGAAGGGUCCUCACGGCUUCAUCUCGGCCUCAGAGUGGCCUCUGAUGGUGUUCUACAUGGUGAUGUGCAUCGUGUACGUGCUGAUGGCCGUCCUCUGGCUGGUCCUGUCCGCCUGCUACUGGAGGGACCUGCUCCGGAUCCAGUUCUGGAUCGGGGGCGUCAUCUUCCUGGGGAUGCUGGAGAAAGCGGUUUACUACGCCGAGUUCCAGAGCAUCCGAUACGACGGCUUGUCAGUCCACGGGGCGGUCGUCUUCGCUGAGGUCCUCUCUGCUGUGAAGAGGACUCUGGCCCGAGUGUUGGUGAUCAUCGCUAGUCUGGGAUACGGCAUCGUCAAGCCCAGACUCGGAGCUCUGCUGCACAGAGUCGUCGGGGUCGGUCUCCUCUACCUGGUCUUCUCCAUCAUAGAGGGAACUCUACGGGUCAACACCGACCAAGGAGACAACACCAACAGCAGUAGUUUAUUGUGUAGCAUAGUUCUGGCCUUCACUGACUCCUGUGUGGUCUGGUGGAUCUUCGUGAGUCUGGCUCAGACGAUGAAGCUGCUGCGUCUCAGGAGGAACGUGGUGAAGCUGUCUCUCUACAGACACUUCACCAACACGCUCAUCUUCGCUGUCAUAGCGUCGGUCAUUUUCAUCCUCUGGAACAUGAGGACCUUCUGGAUGUCUAAGUGUCAGUCUGACUGGAGGGAGAAGUGGAUCUAUGACGCCUUCUGGCGCUUCCUGUUCUCCACCAUCCUAUUGGUCAUCAUGUUCCUAUGGCGACCGUCGGCCAAUAACCAGAGGUACGCGUUCAGUCCUCUGAUAGACGAGGAGGAGGAGGAGGAAGAGGAGAAGGAGCCCAUGAUGAACGAGGCUUUCGAGGGGAUGAAGAUGAGGGGCAUGAAGAACGAGACCAACGGGACGGCCAAAGGCAACAAAGUGGAUGAGGAUCUGAAGUGGGUUGAAGACAACAUCCCAUCAUCUGUUGUCGACGUCGCUCUGCCUCCGCUGCUAGACUCUGAUGAGGAGAUCAUGACGACCAAGUUCGAAAUGUCAAAGAUGGAGUGAAGCUGAGGAGGAGGAGGGACGGAGGAAGAGGAGGAGGAGGAGGAGGAGGAGGAACUCUGAGGAGUGGUGAAAAAGAAUAAUGAGUAAAGGAGAAGGAGGUGGUGGAUUAAAUGCACUCAAGGAAGGAUAAAGUGAAGGAUGGAGGAGUGUUUGCUUUACUAGUCAACUUCAUCGUGUGGUUUCAUCCCUGGAUUUAUGAGCUUUGUAAGCCUUGAUUGUACAUAACACUGGGAGCAGAUCACACACACAGAUCCUUUUUAUUUUUAAGUCCCUCUUUGUAUUCAUAUCUAUAGAAAUAUAUAUAUAUAUACAGUAUAUUUUGACAAAUCUGAUUUCCUGGUCCUCUGCUGAAGAUUAUCAAUAACGUCUCGUGUCGUCUGUGAUCGAAUCGGCCGCUUUCCUCCAGAUGUUGUCGGGUUUAAAGCCGACACACACGUUUAUCAUGGAAAGAAAAACACAAGUAAAUGCCCACGUCGGAAUUCCUUAAACCUGUUCUCAUUUCUGAUUUAACACAAAGUGAUCGGCUCCUCCUGCACCAUGUGUGUUUCACCUGUGGAAUGAAACCCUGACACACCCAGACAGUCAGUGUUUGCUGAAUCGACUUCUUAUUAUUUCUUUUUGAUCCCCUGCUUUUAAAAGCUAAACCGUGCGUCUAAAGAUUCUCCAGCUUGUUUGACUUUAACUUUGUGGCGCAGUUGACGUAAGACUUCCUUCAGUAAUGUGCUCUGAAGAGGAAGUUCGGUUUCCUGAAGAGAUUCGGUUCAUUUAGAUUGAACAAGAACAAGAUUUUCUCCAAACUAUCGUCCUCAUUGGUUCCUGAGGUUUGUGGCGUCUCUUCUGUCUCCGUCUGUCCUCACAUUCUUUAAACGAGAGGUUUUGGCUCUAACGAGAGACUCGUAGUGAGAUUUCUUAACGAGAGGAGGCAGGAAAUGGCACGUAAAUCAGGAUCUAUUGAUUUUUUUUUUGCCCAGGCUCUUUACUAUAACACCUCUGAUGGACAAACACUGGUGUUUCUAUGUUUGUGAGGACCUUCCAUUGAUAUUGAUGCAUUCCUGAGCCCUUUACCUGAGCCCCGACCUUAACCCAACUGUAACAUUGUUCCUGAAACCGACUCUUUGGACAGACUGUUAACCCUCAGCGAGUCUUGGGGCCCACAGACACUGUUUGCAUCCACAGUCUCCUUAAAUCCUUGACCCUGAACACAGCGGUGACAAAACAAACGUUAGCAUGCUAACAUGCUAACACGCUAACACCCAAGUGGCUGCUUCUCCUCAGCUUCAGAUCGUCUCGGUGUGUCAGCAGACUCUCUGUCUCAAGUCCUCUACAUUCAGCUCCCUCCAUCGUCGUCUUAUUUCCUCGUUCAUGCUCAGACUUGCAGCGUCUUUGUCUUUAAAUCCCGUCCCCUCCGUCUUUGCCCAAAAUGUCCUGCACAGCCUGCAGCUCCCUUCAGCCUGCAACCGCUCGCUUCAUACCCAAAGAUAAAAAAAAAAAUUAAAAAAACAGUAUAAAUUAUCAAUGAGGGCUGAAGAUAAAGUUAUGGUUUAAUGUUUCAUCUUAAAUUGAGUGUGAUGAAGCCUCCAGACUUCUUCCCCUCUGCAGAUCUCCAGUAUUUAUUCCGAGGGCUACUUUAGAUUUAGAUGAGAGCAGUUUCCAGUAAUGAAACCCCGUCCUGUUCAUGUGGAGCCAGACGCCAGUCACACCUGUUUGUAAAGGCUUCAUGAUUAUCUGUUUGAAAGAUUUUGUAUCAGCGUUGAAGUUAAACUCUAGACUAAAACGUCUCUGUAAAUUACUGUCGCUGUUUUGAUUUGUAAAUAAAUUUAAAAAAUGAUCAAGAAAAACCUGAA